GGUUCACACAGUCAGUCGCCUCUGCGAUUUAGGAGCGUGAGGGAGUAGAGACGCCGGAGCGUUCUUGGAGGCUUUGUGAGACAACUUGAUUUUUCUUGACGGAGAACCGGCGUUAUCGUAAUUUAAACACUAUCAAUAUGGAGCGUUCUCUUUUGGAGAUUAUAAUCAACAAUCAGGCCGGAAGUGGCGAAUCCAUCUUUGCUUUGAUGAAAUUUGCUGUUCUACCAAUAGCAAAAGUGUUUACCAUGUGCUUUAUGGGGGUGCUAAUGGCCUCCAAGUAUGUCAACAUUCUUCCUGCAAAUGGACGAAAGCUUCUCAAUGGCCUUGUCUUUUCUCUUCUCCUUCCAUGCUUAAUUUUUUCUCAACUUGGGCGUGCAAUCACUUGGCAAAAGCUACUAGAGUGGUGGUUCAUUCCUUUUAAUAUAAUUCUAUCUACCAUAUUUGGAUCUCUUGUGGGUUUCAUUGUUGCUUCCAUUGUUCAGCCACCAUAUCCUUACUUCAAGUUCACCAUCAUUCACAUUGGAAUUGGAAACAUAGGCAAUAUACCUCUUGUUUUGAUUGCUGCUCUAUGUCAGGACAAAUCAAAUCCAUUUGGUGAUUCUGCCAAAUGUAGCCAAGAUGGAAAUGCAUACAUAUCAUUUGGCCAGUGGGUUGGUGCAAUAGUCUUGUAUACCUAUGUUUUUCAGAUGCUUGCACCGCCACCGGGCCAAACCUUUGAUGGGGUAGAAGAGGCAAAGCUUCCAACUAACCAUCCUUUGGAGAACUCUGAAACUGAGAAAGUUCCAUUGCUAACUUCAAGAGAGGCCAAAUCUACUGGACUUGAAUCUCCAAAACAAGGAAAAAUAAUUGUCACUCUAUGCUAUCUUGUGGAAAAGCUAAAGCUCAAGCAAGUUUUUCAGCCUCCCAUUAUUGCUUCAGCUCUGGCAAUUCUCAUUGGCACUAUACCAUUUUUGAAGAACUUCAUCCUGACUGAUGAUGCCCCGCUAUUCUUCUUCACCGACAGUUGUCUUAUUCUUGGCGAAGCAAUGAUCCCGUGUAUUUUGCUUGCUUUGGGUGGAAAUCUCGUGGAGGGCCCUGGUGCAGGCAGUAAAAGACUGGGUUUACGAACAAUCACCGCUAUCAUAUUCGGAAGAUUGGUUUUGGUUCCUUCUACAGGACUCGGCAUCAUCACUAUUGCAGACAAGCUUGGUCUUUUCCCCAAGGGUGACAAAAUGUUCAAAUUUGUUCUGCUGCUGCAGCACACAAUGCCCACGUCUGUCCUUUCUGGUGCAGUUGCUAGUUUAAGAGGCUGCGGGAAGGAAGCAGCUUCUAUUCUAUUUUGGGUUCACAUCUUCGCUGUCUUUUCCAUGGCUGGAUGGAUUGCUUUUUAUGUUCAUAUGCUUUUUGGAAAUCAGACAGUGUCCCUUUAAUGUGACUGAUGUAAAUAUUUGCUCGUCUGAGUGACUAUCAAUAACUCAUCAUCUGCAAAAAAAACUGGUCUUCGAUGCCAUUGCCACUGUAUCAAAAAGCUUUCUUAGCUGUUUAUUCUUCUUCUUUAGCUGAUAGUCCCAUAGUCACUGGGAUCUCACCGCCUCCGGCGAAGAGUCAGCCUGCCCCUCAUGACAGUUUCAGAUCAAGCACCUGCUCGCCCAGUAACCAAUUCCAUUUUUCAGUUAUACUAUGAGCAAAGUCUGUACAUCUGUGUCAGUCAACCAUGGUUAAUCUUUGUAACAAUUAAAUUAUUUUAGAUUAAGUUGGAACAAUUUCACUUUAACUGUUCAAUUUGUUUUGUUGUCGUUGUUAAUUUUAUUUACACUCUUGUUUUGCCAUAAUGAUAUCGAAGAUUCAAGUCUGCUGUUGCUGCACAAAAUCAUUCCAGUAGAUUCAAAUGACUCUGGUGUGUUUAUUUGAGUGGGAGUACGAGUAAACUUUACAUAAA